GCCUUUUAGUCUUUACAAGAUCCAUCUUCAUCCCUGAAAGCCAACUUUGUUAAUACUACCUUACAUACGCGUCGUUUGCCUGCCUGGACUUACACGACACUCAUACAUCUACCGGCGGAGGUCCAUCACUUAUCGGGCUUCACGAUGAGCCGGAUCGCCGUCAAAAUGAAUACAGAUAUGAUCCCAGUCACCGGUGUUGAGGAAUUAGAAAAGCAUCUAGAUGAGCUCAUCGCAGAUCCGAAUCUGGAACCAACUCUUAAGCUGUUCGACGAUGUGGAGCUCCAGCUUACUGACGCCAACAUCCCGCCUCUUAUUCCAAGGCUUCUACCAAAAAUCACCGAGGUCCUUAAGCAGUACCAGCAGGAUCCCAAAAUUCUAUGUAGCUUAGCCAUCAAGCUCCUUGGCCCCCUCACCUUCACUCAGAUACUAUCUUUAGCUUCGGAAGAGGCUAUAAUACAAGCUCUACGGUCUCCCGCUCCGUCAGCAAACAUUCUUGCCAUGACCGUGCUUGAAAAGGCCACCAAGUCACCAGGCGACGCCGCUAUUCUAGCUAGAAUGAACGGUAUAGCUACAAACUUCCUAAUACAGUGGUUGAGCGCACCGCAAGUUGAAGUCGGCGAGAAGGGUACCAGAGUCUUAGGCGAUCUUCUGGAUGUUGACUGCGAUAUUCGACCAUCCGAUGGCUUAUCAGUUAAUGGCAUGGAGAUCACAGUCAGAAAACCGCCCGGCCAAGGGCUAUUGUGGCGAAGGAUUUUCUAUGACCGCGACGUAUAUGAACUCAUAUUGUCGCUUUGUGCAAAUCAUCCUCUCGGUAUCCAACAGCAGUCGCUCGCCCAAGGUCGUCUUCUCCGCGUUUUACCUCGUCUAGCGGCUCUGAACUUCCGUGCUGUCACUUGGUCCGAUUUUACCGACUUGAACCAGAAAUACGCCAAGUUUGACGGAAAUGGGGGAUUACUACAUUUUGCUGCCCUGUCGAUGAUUGAUAAAGAGGAUAUGUUGGUGCAUCUCAAUCUCAUUGAUUUCUUCGAAGCCCUUCUGAGCAUUCAGCGGGUCACACCAUUUUCUACCUACAAGAUUGAUACGCUGAAAAGUCUUGUAAGAGAUGCUACUGCGCAGGAUAAUGCUUUGAAGGCGGCAAUCCUCACCUUGCCCGAACGAACUGUGCCCGAAGAAGCUGAUGACCUCCGUCAGUUCAUCCGAGAGAUCCUGAAUCAUUAGUAAUAGCUGAAGAAUCCAUACACUCAGCCAUCUGUUGCUUCUAGCAUUCGGGAGUCGGCUUGAGGGAAUACACGUAUGCGACCAAACCAGACCAACUACGUAAGCCCCCGUGCGCUAUUGCUCCUGACGUAUUGUACAGAACCAAGCCUGAUAGACUGUCUAGUGUUUCGAGUUCAUAGCACCCCAUAUUUAAA